GGCUGCUGGGCUGUCUGUCACCAACGUUACCUACAAGUUAAAGAGGGGUUAAGUUAGUAAAGCCAAUGGAAAGAAGAAGAAGACAGGAAAAGGAGAUGGCCAAAGGAAAAGCAAAGAUCAACAGGAGUGUCAGCUUAGCUCCACCCCAGCCUCGGUCACUCAGGUCAAGGAAGAGGGAAUGUCCAAGUGAUGAAAUCUCAGAGACUGAUGAUGUCCAGGCAACUCAUCAUCAGGACACUGAAGGAAAUGGUGCAGCAGUAGAUGCCACACUGCUACAGUGCCACCAGUGCCCUCUGCAGGAAUCUACUAUGACUUCAACUCAACAGCCUGAGGCAGCAGAUGAGUCCUGUCUCACCAAACAAGAUCCUGACACAGAAGAAAAACAUGCAGAAGCAACAAAUGUGACGGUUAAAGCUUUUGAAGAGCAAGAACAGACCACAGUCGACAGUCCCAACAAUGAUCCUCAGCUGGAGGGCUUCAGAGUACAUGCAGAUAAUGAUGUCAACAAGAGUGGAAAGGACACGGAGGAAAUGACUGCAGAAGAAUGUAACAGAUCACCAUCUCAAACAUGCACUGAUCUACUCCAGGUCUUCUUGCCAAUCUCUGAAGAGGGUGAUGGAGCUGCUUUGGAGGAGCAACUGAGUGCAAUGGAGAACUCUCACUGUCAUUUGGAAAAAAAACAAGAAGCCAGCCAAGAAGAACCCAGCGAUGUGGACAUGGCCGAUGUCAAGGAAGUCACAGCGGGGUUGCCGGCCAAAAAGAAGCGAAGGAUGGGUAUGUGUGGUCUGACGGAGAGGGAGCGGAGUCACUUUUUACAGACACAAAAGCGUGAAAAUGAGCAGAACGGACCGGAGAGAGUCGAGAAGCAGAUUUGUGAUAACACGGCUGACCUUGUGGCUCAGGAAGAGAUUAAAUCGUCCUCAUCAUCCUCACCAUCCAUCCCAGUAGGCAGUGUCACAGAGCAGGACGGGGCAGAGAUGAAACUUCAGUCGAGUCACUGUGGAGGGGAGGACAGGGCCGAAACUGAAGUCCACAUUGCUGCCACUACCUCAGAUGGGACCAGUGCUGUGUCUGACCCAGGCUGCUCAAAGGGAAAGAGUUGUGAGGUUGAAGGAGGCAUAGUGCCUGGUCCAGAGCAAACUGAUGACACAAAGUCAGACCCGCCUGCACAGGAGGAGCUAUUGGGGAAUCAGGAGCAGCAGGAAUGUGAGGGAGGCACAGCUGAGAUUGUGGCUGAAAAACCUCAGGAACAAAUGAGAGGCGGGGAAGAUGGGUCAGCAGCAGUAGACCAAAGUCCUGCCAUCACUUUUUACUCUCAUCUGACUAAAAAUGAGGAGACUGAGAACCAGGAUGCAAUCGAGGCUGUGCUUCCACAGGUGAAUAGUGUGACCGGGACAAGAGAUGAGAAGAAGGAAGAGUUGACGGGUGAUGCUGCGGACGAGGACGGAGCUCAAGCAGGUGCUUCAUCCACAGACACCCGGUCAGAAGAAUUCAACGCUGUGGAGCUCUGCAAGGCUGCAGCGACACCCGGUGGCUCAGAGAGGAAAGACAGCUGUGAUUCUGAUGGUGAACCUGGUGCUGGUCCUUCUACUGUGCACGCCGAACCCCCUCACACCAGCGACACCACUGACCCGUUUGGAUCAGGGUACUUGGAUUACGUGUCGGACUCGCAGCUGAACACCAUCGUUCUGAAUGAGGAGGAGGUGGAGAGGGAGGAAGAUCUCGAUUCCCCGGAUCAUGAAGAUGCUACAGAUCUGAUCUGUGGACUCAUCAGAGAACUCUCCUCUCUAAAUCGUAAGGUCAUGGCCACUCACAGAGAGCUGGAGAACCUGCGCCGCAGCAGCAAAAGUUUAAGGAGCUCCAUACGUUGAGGAUCAAGUCCCUGUCAUCCUGAUCUUACUGUCGCCCCAAUGGUUUGUGGGUAAUGAAGGCACUUGUACUUUUAUGCAGAUGUUUGAAAAUGUCACCAUUCAACCGUUUUCACUCCUCUUGUAUCAUUGACAGCUGGAAUGUUCAGUUUAAUUGCUUAGCUGUUCAGGUUCUCCCCAAAUAAAGCUGGGCGUUAUUUAAUAAAUCA